AUGACGCACCUCUCCUCGUUUCGCGCUCUCAACCGAGCUCGAGUUUCCCUCCAUCUCCUUCCAGCUCGAACACCGUACUUGAAUACUUCCUCUUCCACCUCACUCUCUUCCUCACUCCGAACUGCACGACCAUGGAUUGCCACUACAAUACUAGAUUCUCACAAGGCCCGCCAACAAUCCACAUCAAAUAAGCCCUCAGGUAGCUCCGGCAAGCCUAACAUUAGGCAUGUCGUGCCGCCCACGCCGUGGCAGCUACUUCGGCGCUCUUUUUCUCUCCGUGGAAUCCUCUCCUCCUUAACUCCAAGUGGGAUCAAGAAGCUCUAUCGAGAGAGCCCCCUGGAGCUCGUGGCUGCCCUCGCCAUUCUCGCCGGCCUCAUGGGCAUAUCGGCCUACAUUGUCAAUGUCUGCAUCAACUACUUCUAUGCGCCCCAGUUCACCCGAUACCCUCCCGCCAUUGCCAAGUCUCUUCGGCGCGCCCUUUACUACACGAAUAUGCAGCCGGAUCCUCAGUUGGCCAGGAAGUGGUAUAAGAAGGCUCUGGAGCAGUGCGAUGAACUGGGUCUCGACCCUUUCUCGGAUGAGGUCCUGGGCAUCAGGAUUCAGACCGCUGCUUGGCUGGAGAAGAUUGGCAACUACCAGGGCGCCAUCACCAUCCUGGAAUCGGUGCGGAAGGAUUGCACCAAAUGGGUCGACGCCAUGGAGAAGGCCGUCGCGGAUGGCACCGUCGACAAAUCAGGGAAUGUGCCCGUCGUCAAAAAGGGCGACGAUAACGAUCAGGACGAUGACGAAUCAGUCCCGGAGAACCUAUGGCGGAAGCGCAACCGCCUGCUCGCCAAGGCCGUGGGCACGAGCACAAAACUCGGCGAGCUCUACGCCGACGAUCACGUUAACGAUUCCGAGAACGCCCAGACUCGUCUGACGUGGGCCGUCGAAACCGCCUUGUCCGAGGCAAGGAGGCGAGCUACCGAGGGCGUCAAACCGGAGGAAGGGAGCUGGCUCUCGCCCGAGGAGUUUGGCGGCGCCAUGGAGUCGCUUGCCAAGCAUUACGAGUCCAAGUCGCAGUUCCACCUCGCCGUGCCCUUGCUUUUCCAGGCCCUGCGGCUCUGCCAGAGUCCGUGUCACCGACCCACCAUUAUGAACAACCUAGCCGUCUCCUUCGCACAGCACCCCGUGUUAAGCAGCGCCUCGGAACCGAUCCCCAACGCCCCGGCCGUAUCAAAUGCCGUCGAUGCUUCCGGCAUGCCGACCACGCGCGACGGCUUCCUCGAGGCAGCCUGGAACUGGGCCCGCAACGCCAGACGCCAUGCCAAGGACGUGGAAGCGAGUGAGAGGACCCCUGAGUGUGACGAGGCCUGCGCCGUUGCACUGUCCAACAUGGGGGAUAUUGCCGCCAUGCAGGGUAAAGUUGCGGAAGCGCGCCGUCGAUUUCAGCAAUGCAUCGAGCUGAGCCGCAAGAUCGAGUUUGAGCAAGGCGUCACACAGGCAGAAGCCGGCCUGCGGAAUCUCAGGACUGCUGGCGACGUGUAG